UGUGCAUACAAACAUGUUUUGACUGUUCAGGUACACCUGUAUAUGUAAGGUGUAUAUUAUUGAUAAAAGCUUGUUGCGUUUGACUGCCGACAUCGGAAAACUUGUCAACAUUGAAUAUAUGUAGUGGCUGCUUUCCAUCAAACGGUCCGACCUUCUGGAUCAGAACAGCGCAGGGUAGCACAAAAAUAAAACGGGGAUCGUCUUAAUUUUCGGAAUCAAAUUACGGUGGAAUGGAUUAUAUUAACUGUUGAAUAGGGUUACAUUAUAACCUUAUUAUAAAUAGAUAGAGAAUGAAUGAAGUAUACACAACGAUGGAUGUAAAAGUAAUGAAAAUUACAGGUGGACGAUCAGCCUCAACCGAAUAAUGGAAAUUAUGUAUCAGGAUCUCAAACGUUAAAUAUUUGACGUAUGGUGGCAUACCUGUAUUUAAACUGAAGAUACCGGCUGUAGCUACUGUAUGUUCAAUUUGAGGACGACGUCAGCUACCUGAAUCGGUUUGUACACAAUUGCAGUGUGUUUUAAUGUGAUACUACAGUUCAUAUUUCGUUAUUAUUAAGGAGCAACGCCUUUCUGUUGAAAUUUUGAAAAGUUUAAUUAAUGCAGGAGUUACGAGGACGACCGUUCGUGACUCUCACUUCUAUUUUGAUGGCAAAUGUAAGGAAACCUUUGCGUGAAGUCAACACCUUAAUUAAUGAGGAAUUAUGGGGGGGAAAAGUUCUCAAACAUCAGUGAAUAACAUUUGAUACAAAACAAGUGUAUAAACAUAUAUAUUUAGUGCUGCGGUCGAGAGUGUCGCGGACCCACUUUGAUAACGGUCGCUUCUCAAGGCAUAUUCACUAUUCAGUCAAAAAGACAUGAACGUCAAACGACCUAAACGGACAAAUAAAAAGCGAGAACUACAGCUUCCGUCCGUCUUUCUCAAUAAUAGCUGGAAUUCUAACGAAGAUCCAGAGGAACCGGCUGAACUGGGUUACAAACGUUUACUUCCGGUCAAGUUACCCAACGGAAGUUCCAAAUUGUCCCCGAGACAACUUAGUGACAAGACGCAACUUUGGAGCAAUGGGAAAUCUGGAAAGAGUCGCUUUCAAAAAGGAACUCACAAAUACGGAAACAUCUCGGAAACAGGUAUAUAUAACGAGAGUGUCGAUAAAUUUUACAAACUUGUUACGCGGGAAAACUCCAUAAUGCUCCCACCACUACAGACUUCCAGUAGAGUCAAGUUCAACAUCUCAAACUACAUCGAUAUGGCAGAGAAGAAAUAUGUCAUGAGAGAUUUUCAGACGGAAGGAAAAAUGUCCAAAUUUGCGCGUGACGAGGUAUAUAUUCCCAGUCUUAACAAAGAAAUGUUCACAUGUUACGAAUGCAGACGACGUUACGUAAGUGAUAUGUACACGGAAGCGUUCGCCACGAGAAAUUCCAAGAAGCCCAAAUGUGUUGCCAUGGCAACAAGGAACAAUAAGAAGAAUUCUUCUAUCAGAGGUCGGGGAACUCGUGCACAAUUCUGUGACGUGCUGGGGAAACGCUUUUGUUCGGAAUGUGGGGAAAGUGAGAACAGAAAGAUGAGACAGGCCAUUUUGAAUACGUAUCCGACAGGACAUGAAAAUGGCAUGGAAUCCGAUUCGCCUAGUCACAUGCAACAAAGGAGGUCAUUUCACCGGAAACGCGUCAUCAUUAACCCAAUACCUACGCUUGUAACCUAUGACGAAAGCUGACUUACAGACUCGCAGUCAUCACGUGCGACGGGCUUCAUGUGAUAUAGACAUGGACAAAGGUAUCGACAGAUUAAUCAGUGUAAUAAGUGUAAACUAUGGCAGAUCAAGAAACAGAUUCUCACAGUGUUGUUUUCAUUCACAUUUUUCUUCUGUCAAUGUAAAGUUCGGACCAUAUGUCACACAAGGACAAUCAAAUUAACACGUGUUUCAUGAAAUCGUUCUUCAGCUCAAACUUCGAUUCUCUCUACAGCCCAAUUCCCUUUUUCGGUGAUGAAUAAUUCAUAUUUUACAUUUAUUUCCUAAAAAAAAUGGAGGAAUUUCGGAGAGACAUUCGACAUCCGUUCUUUCAUCUUAUUCACUAUGCACAUUUCUUCAUUACAUGUUUCAUGUUUAAGCAUUAUAGUGGCUUCCUGAAUAUGGGCAGAAAUCCAAGGUUAUAUUGUAGCUAUUUUACGAAAUACACUUAAUAUGACACUCUUGUUCUGUUGUCAACAUAACUUUGUGUGUUCUGUUGAGCAAAAGACAUUUUGGUUCACUGACGCUU